CAACUUUUUUCUCACUAAGCCUCUCUCUCUGUCUUCCUCUCCCUCGGUCUCUCCUCCGCACUCGGUUCGCAGUCGCCUUCACAGACGCCUCUCGCCUCUCCGUCUCUCCGUCAGCCUCUCGCCUGAAAGCGUACUAUCCUCUCGCCUCUCCAUCAGUCUGUCGCCUCUCCGUUCGUCUCUCCGCCGGCCUCAGUCUGACGGCAAGGAGCAUGGGCUCAUCAAAUAUCAGAGAUUUGUUGACGUCAUUUAGUCCUUCUUUGGACUUCUUUGCUAUAAGCUCUGGAGAUGGCCGAAUUAAAAUUUGGGACACAUUGAGGGGUCAGAUCCAGACUGAAUUUGCAGACAUCACAACAACCGAUGAGACGAACAUACUUACGAGACCCGAAAGAGGACAUCUCUCUGUCGAUUAUAAAUGCAUGAAGUGGUUAUCUUUGGAGAGAAAGAGGAAAAGGAAGCUUGGGUCCUCAUUAUUAGUCUUAGGAACAGGCAGUGGUGAUGUUUUAGCACUUGAUGUCUCUGCUGGUCAAUUGAAAUGGAAGGUUAAUGACUGCCAUCCUGGGGGUGUUAGUGCCAUUUCGUCUUCUACACAUGGUUCAUGCAUUUACACUGUGGGGGCUGAUGGUAUGAUAUGCAAAAUUGAUUCUUUGUCAGGAAACCUGUUGCAGAAGUUCAGAGCUUCUACAAAGGCAAUAUCCUGUAUGUCUGUUUCGUCAGAUGGGAAGAUGUUAGCUACUGCAGCUGCACAGUUGAAGAUUUUUAACUGUUCUGAUCACAAAAAGAUACAGAAGUUUUCUGGGCAUCCUGGAGCUGUUCGCUGUAUGAAUUUUACUGAAGAUGGGAAGUACAUCCUCUCCUCUGCUGUGGGUGAAAGAUAUGUAGCAGUAUGGAGGAUAAGUGGCAGCAAAAAGCAGUCAUCAAGCUGUGUUCUUUCAAUGGAGCACCCUGCUGUCUUUCUUGAUAGCAGGUGCAUUGAUAGUGGUGAAGUUGACAAUUCAGGUCUAUGUGUUUUGGCUAUUUCGGAAAUUGGCGUCUGUUAUCUUUGGUUUGGACAGAACAUUGAGGAAUUACGCAAUGCCAAGCCCGCCAAAGUCUCGUUAUCUUCUGAGGACAUUCCCUCUAUAAGUCCCAAGGUUGCAUUACCUACAAUAUUUGCUGCAAAAUUACAAGGCAUUAGUGAACCUAUGUCUGGGCGGGUCUUUGUUGCUUAUGGAUUGCUAGUAAAGCCAUCAUUUCAGAAAAUUUUAGUGCAUUCUGGCACAGUUGUAAAAUUAAGUAUCUCCAACGAUGGGGUUCUUCUACCAAUGAGUCAAUCUCGUGUCAAAUCUAAGAAAGGACUAGAUUUACAAAAUGGAGUUACUGCAUUAGACCGUGCAAAUGCGGAGGAUGCCUUACUUCCAAUUCCAAAGGUUUUUGAGUCUAAUGAGGAAAAGAAAAUGUAUAAAGAAAUGAGUGUUGAUGCUGAUGAGGUAAUGGCUGAUUUGGGAGAUAGCAGGAGUCAAGCUGAGUCUGUGGAGGGGAAAGAUGACAUGGUAGAACUAGAAGUUGACACUGAAAUAUCUUGCCUGGAGGAUCGGCUGAGAUCAUUAGGGAUACUGAGUAGUGGAGAUGAUCUAACAUUAGGGUUGACAGCUAAUUCUGCGACAUUCAAGGGUAUUGACCUUGAAGCUGAUAUGCCACAAAAGAAGAUAAGGGCAUCUGUUCUCUCUAUGGUACCUAGUGACGCAUACAAGUUACUACGAGUCUUGGUGGCCAAGUGGCAAUCAAGGACAUGCAGUGGAAAGUAUGUUCUUCCAUGGAUAUAUCAUAUAUUUUUGAAUCACGGUCAUCAUGUUAUGUCUCAGGAACCAACAACCCAGAUGCUUAACUCCUUAUCCAAGAUUACCAAAUCUAGAGGUGGUGCCAUCCAGCCUUUAUUACAAUUAUCAGGUCGUUUGCAACUUGUGAUGGCACAGAUUGACAAGGCUUCACAGAACAAAAGUCAAAUUUUGGUGCAUGAUAAUCAAACCAUUGAAAGUGAAGAUGAGGAUGAGGAUGAGGAUGUCGAUGAAAUUCUUUAUGGAGAUGAAGAUGAUGAAUCUGAAUUAAGCAGUGAUGACAAUAACUAGGUGCAUUUUACCACAAGAGCGGCUUCAAAAGAAUCAAGACUCAGACGCUUAACAUGGUGUAGGAUGUACAUCAAUUUUCACCAGGUUGUUUUCUGACGGUGCUGUAAUUAACUGUGGCUUCGACCUUUCUACACUCAGGCUGUCUUGCCCUGUCUUAUUGCCUUGAAUUUUGUUUCCAUCUAGUUUUCCUCCUUGGUCAUGGGAAGGAAUUUGGGGUUUGUUCAGCCGUAUCAAUCCAAUGUUUUUCUUUUUAUUCUUUGUUACUUUGGAGAUGAACAUCUUCUGUUGAUUCUCGAGGGUGAAGUGAGGCACAGUUGAUAGGAGCAUGUUGAUAGGAUCUGCCUGUAAUUUUUACUGAGGCACAGUUUUGUAAACAUAUAUUUGUUAUGAGUUAUAAAAGGUGCAGCAAUUUUGUAAGAGAACA